ACCCAAUUGUGUUCACCUAUAAUUCAUUCUAGAUAACAGUUGCCGCUAAGUGGUGAGUGAAGACAAAAUUUAGGAAAGACUUACCUCUAAACAUGUAGAAAAUUUUUGUCUGGUCUUCUUGUUCAAAGGUGCUGACAAGAUAACAGUGUCUGUGAUGGUUUUAUACGGCAAGUAUGUUAUGAGGAGUUAUGUAAAGUCACGCAGUUUAAGUGAGUAACAGCGCAGCCUCACGAUUCUAUAACCAGAUGGCUUGAAAAAAAAUAAAAGAAGAUAAAAAGGUUUGACGAACGACUCAAUAUCUUUGACAAGCAAGCUUAGACGGAGCGUAGCAGAAAACGUGGAGAUAUAAAGAAUUUGGCGUGUUAUUGUUUGUGCACACGGAACCACAGGAUUAUAACGUCAUAUUUGAGAACCAACUAAAACGUCCAGUUAAAGUCAACUGAAAGAUCAAGAAGAGUGAAUAUCAUCAUAACAUUUUUGAUCAUUUAAAAUAUUCUCAAUGAAAGGAGAGAUGGAAAAUAGAGACUCACCAGAUUCUGGUUUUGCCAACUGCGAAAACUUUUUUCCUCCUGCAGAAAAAGACAUGAUCGCCUUAUAUGUAAAAACGGCCGAAAAUCCCGAGAAACCUAUUGAAAAGAUCAAUAUCACGACCAAACCAUCAGGUUUACUUAUACGACGGAGAGAUGUUAUAUUUUUAGGAAUGAUAUUACUUUUCUUAACGUUGGCAGUUCUUAUGUCAACUUUGUUCAUUCCCAAAACAUGUAACGAUACGACAAACGAAGAAAGAAGGGUGGCAAAAAAUUCAGAGAAAACGAGACCUUACAUCCGUCUGCCAAGAACGCUUCUACCUCUUCAUUACGACCUUGAACUUCAACCCGACCUUGACCCAUAUACGUAUUCUUAUAAAGGACAGGUAUCCAUCAAGGUGAAUGUGACUAAAUUUACUAGGAAUUUAACAAUUCAUUGCUGGAAAAAUCUUACAAUUGACAGAACAAAAGUUUUUGAGGUCAAUACCAAUAAGGCCGUUGACUUACGGAAUGCCCGCCGUCAGCCGGAGAAAGAUUUUUGUAUAUGGGACGUGACAAGAGGGUUUCUACCUGGCAAGCAGUAUAUCAUAUUCUUCCUGUUUCACAGGGAAAUUACUGAAAAUAUUCUCGAUGGGUUGUAUAGAUCCACCUGGACCGUUGAUGAUAAACCUGAAGUGGUUGUAGCAACUUUCUUCCAGCCUGGAAAAGCGCGCAAAACGUUCCCUUGUUUUGAUGAGCCAGAGUAUAAAGCAACAUUUAAUGUCACCAUAGUAAGAACAAAUAGUACCGUGUCCAUUUCUAAUAUGGAGAUAGCAAGAUCUGAAACAAGAGGCGAUGGCUGGGUCGCUGAUGUGUACUACCAAACACCAGUGAUGUCCACAUAUCUUCUCGUCUUCAUUGUUGGAAACUUCAAACACAGGGCGAAAAUGACAUCCAACGGAAUAUUGCUACGCGUUUGGGCGAGACCAGGAAAGAUCCAUCUUGCAAACUAUUCACUUGAUCUAGGAGAGAAAAUGCUGAACUUCUUCGAGCAAUAUUUCUACAUUCCGUGCCCGUUGAGGAAAAUAGACAUGAUAGCUCUCCCGGAGCCCGCAGCCUGGGGCAUGGAGAACUGGGGAGCCAUCACCUUCCGAGAGCCGCUUGUUUUAUACGAUGACGCCCACAGCUCGCCGUAUGAUAAACAGUAUGUUCACUUAUUGUCGGCCCACGAGGUGUCCCAUCAGUGGUUUGGUAACCUCGUAACCAACAGAUGGUGGGACGAUCUGUGGCUCAAUGAGGGGUUCGCACAACUCAUGACAUACGUGGCCAACGACAAGAUAGCACCAGAUAUGAAACUGAAUCAACAAUUUUUGCCAGAUAGUGUAUCUGAUGGGCUUAUCAAGGACAGUAUGAACCUCACCCACAGUAUAUCUCAACCUGUGUACCGGCUCCAAGAUAUCAAGUUUGACGAAAUCACUUAUUACAAGGGUGCCUCCGUCCUCCGAAUGAUCAUUGGGUUCUUGGGGGAGAAAACUUUCCGAAAAGGAGUGUCGAAUUACCUGCGAGGGCGUGCCUAUUCCAGCGCUGUGACUGACGACCUUUGGUAUUUCCUGACAGAGCAAGCUAAAAGAGACGGUCAGGAUGUCGACGUCAAAACAAUAAUGGGCAGCUGGACGAAACAGGAAGGCUAUCCGGUAGUUACGAUAACACGUGACUACGAACGUGGAAUUGCGAGAGCUCAGCAAAAAAGGUUUACAUUGAACAACUACACGGCACAGCCUAGUUUUAAUGGGAAUCGAUGGUACGUCCCAUUGACUUUACUCAGUGUGUCCAAGGAAGGAAAACACGACACUCACUUUAUUUGGAUGAAGCUUGAAGAUGUGGAAAUCACCGGGAUUCCGUUGGUAAAAGAUUCCUUGCUGCUGGGAAAUGUAGGGGAACCUGGUUUCUAUAGAGUCAACUAUGAUUCCAGGAACUGGGAGCUUAUUAUCGAUUUACUGAAUAGAAACCACACGGUUAUCGCCCCGGAAAUUCGCGCUCAACUAAUAGACGAUGCAUUUAACCUUGCCAGAUCUGGGAUGCUACCUGCUACCACUGCAUUAAGACUCACCGAGUACCUCUCGCGGGAACGAGAGUUGGGACCAUGGCAGACGGCCAUGAAGAUAUUUCGUUUAAUAGACAAAAUCCUCGCACGAACUGCAUUUUAUGUGGAAUUCCGGAAAUAUAUCCACGGUCUCCUAUUGCCAUUUUACAAUGAACUGGAAUGGAAAGAUAUUGGUGAAUACCCAAUAAGGUUGUUGAGAAUCAUGGUGCUCGAAAACUCGUGUUACUUCGGUAAUAAAGACUGUGCCAACAGAGCCACGGUAUCCUUCAGGGGAUUCGUCAACGUUUCAGCGAACCAGAGGUAA